AUGCGUCGUCUGUUGUGCACUGCGCUGCUCUUGCUGUGUUGUGCCUACGGGUGCAUUGCAGCUGUUGUGCAGCCGCUACCGCAGAAAGGAAAGGAACUCUCGGACGGGUUCAUCUUUUUUCCCGAUUCUCGAGGUGAGGAGGAUGAAGAGAGGUGGUUCCCGCUGCGUAUUGGUGUUUUUCCAGGCGGCGUGAACGAUGUGUUAAAUUACUGCAAUGGUAAGAAAACUCCCACUCCGAUUUUGGGGGGACUGAGUUUUAGAGAGUCGGAUUAUAAACGGUUUUGUAAAGAGUUUCGGUUUACCGAGGAGAUGGGAAAACUUCUUGUUGAAAAGAUUCUCCCUGCAGCUGUAAAGUUGCACACCGAUCGCCUUAGUGUCCAGCGAUCGCCGAGGAAAUUGUUGGUUCCGCGGUUGGUUCACACAGUCUUUUUUUCCUGA